UGGAAACCGGAAGCGGCGGCGGGGCCGGGCAGGCAGGCUCCUGGGCGCCGGAGACCAGGCAGGGUCCACACCCUGUGCGCCGCCGCCUCCCGACGCCAGCCCCCAGCGUUUGGUCCGGAAGGGGGUGCUGCGGGGUGUCUGGAGAGGGCCUCGUGGAUGCCCCCAGGACCAGCGGCCCCGGGGCCUCCAGGGAACAUGGGCGUGCUUCGGGCCGGACUGUGUCCCGGCCUCACUCAGGACAUGGUCCAGCUUCUGCGGAGCCGCGGGAUCAAGACAGUGGUGGACCUGGUUUCUGCAGACUUGGAGGAGGUAGCCCAGAAAUGUGGUUUGUCUUAUAAGGCCCUGGUCGCCCUGAGGCGGGUGCUGCUGGCUCAGUUCUCCGCUUUUCCCUGCAAUGGCGCUGAUCUCUACGAGGAACUGAAGACGUCCACGGCCAUCCUGUCCACCGGCAUUAGAAGCCUGGACAAACUGCUCGAUGCCGGUCUUUAUACUGGAGAAGUGACUGAAAUCGUAGGAGGCCCAGGUAGCGGCAAAACCCAGGUGUGUCUCUGUGUGGCUGCGAACGUGGCCCACAGCCUGCAGCAGAAGGUCCUGUACAUUGAUUCCAAUGGCGGGCUCACAGCCUCCCGCAUCCUCCAGCUGCUUCAGGCCAGAACCUCAGAUGAGGAGGAGCAGGCGGGAGCUCUCCAGAGGAUCCAGGUGGUGCGUGUGUUUGGCAUCUUCCAGAUGCUGGAUGUGCUCCAGGACCUGCGAGGAGCUGUAGCCCAGCAGGUGAGCAGUUCUGCAGGGACUGUGAAGGUGGUGGUGGUGGACUCGGUCACUGCGGUGGUCUCCCCUCUUCUGGGAGGUCAGCAGAGGGAAGGCUUGGCCUUGAUGAUGCAGCUGGCCCGAGAGCUGAAGACCCUGGCGCGGGACCUGGGCGUGGCAGUGGUGGUGACCAACCAUGUGACCCGAGACAGGGACAGCGGGAAGCACAAACCUGCCCUUGGACGCUCCUGGAGCUUUGUGCCCAGCACCCGGCUUCUCCUGGACAUCAGCCAAGACGCAGGAGCAGGCAGCCGGCGUGUGGCACGUCUGACCAAGUCUCCCCGCUUGCCAACAGGUUUCCAGGAGAUGGUGGACAUUGGGACCUGGGGGACCCCAGAGCAGAAUCCGUCACAGGGCGAUGACAUAUGACUGUGCUGGCAGGCAAAGGGCGAGGUGUUCAAGACCCAACCCUCCUGCACAGUAAUGCCCGCCCUUCACUGCCAGCAGCCCUCAGGCAGCAGAGAUGCUCUUGGGCUGGGCAGACACAGUCCUCAGCUCUUCUCUCUCGGAAACGCAGCACCACUGGCAAGAGAGGAUGCCGUUGUGGAAAGACCCAGAAAUUCACGCUGGUGCCAGGUUUUCUGCCCUUGUUUCUACCGUAUAUGUUUCCAAGGGGAGCCGAGUUCUCCCUGGCUUGGGCAUCAGAAGAGGCAUUCUAGUGACUGAAAGGGUGAUCCUGUGUGUCCAUAUCAUACCCUGGCUCCAUCCUAACCCAGUGGAUGAGCCUGAGGCCUCUAGCUGGCCGUUGCUCCCCUCCUUCUUCUUUUUGCCUCUGUUUUUCCGUCUGUAAGAUGGGGCUCCCUUUCCCUGUGCUCUGUCUUUGAGUUACUGGAUGGAAGUAACCUUGUAAAUGCAAAACUCUUCUUCAUGCAGGUCCUGCCCUUAAAAACAUAGAAAAGGAAAUUCCCUGAACCCCAGAACCCUCUAACUUCUCCCCAGAAGGUCAUUUUUCAGUUUCCUCCAGAGGGGGCCGCAAAGAACAGUUAUUUCUCUUUUCCGCUUGCUGAUUCGGUUUCACACACACCUGCAUGCAUCACCGGGACCCGGUGAGACCAGGAGCUCACCGCAGUCCCAGGGAUAUAAUUUAACUGGAAGGGAAGAUGUGACCUGCGCCUGGGGCAUCCAGCUACUUGUUAACAUGCAUGGUGCCCUGUGGGGGCCCCUCCACAGUAGAGAGUAACCAGAGGUGCUGAACCAUGGCCUUGCCCGUCAACAGACAGGAGAAUUUGCACAGUAAAUAGAUCCAGCUGGGAAAAUUGAUGCUGGCGUAAAUAAUACAUGGCAAAUCUAGUCCUUUAUGCAGAAAUUCAUUGCCGGUGGCUCCAAGAUGCAAUAUAAUUACCCUUCUCUUCCUGCCAGCUGUACCACAGCCUGGUGCCCUAGUGGAUGCACUAACCCCCGCUGCCUGUUACCGCCAUCAAGGCCAUCCAUCUGCGAGCUGUAACCCUGGCUGGGGCGUAGGGAACAGCCACUGGGGACGGGGCAAUAAAAGGCAAAGGAGAGAAAUGAUCAGGAUUGUUUACUGACCACAUUUUUUUAAAGGAAGCCCACCUUUCUUGGUUGGAGAGCCUGUUGGGUAAUUAAUUAGUUGUGUCUUGACUGCAGGAAGGGGGGUCAGAGUUGCAGGCAGAAGAUACACCAUGAGAGGCAAUGAGCAGCAGGGGUAAAAGCAAGAUGCAUUGAGGAUGCAAACAAGUGGCAGACAGGCCCGAGGGUAUCUGCCUGAGUGAGGACAGGCUUGGUGAGCCUAAAGCUGGAGGAACCCUGGUGCUGCUGCUUUCACAGGCGCCCAGGAGAAAUGAACCUUCAGCAGCCGACACCAGGAGUGGUUGGCACAUAUUUACAGCCAUAGUAGGAAACAAAACAUGAAGCUGGGAAUGGCAGAUCUCUGCCACUUGUACCAUUUGGGCAUCCUGAGCCCAUGCACACGCCACCAAUAAAUCAGUCGUUCUUUUUUGCGGA